GCCUCAGUGAAGGACGGACCGCAACCCGAGCACACCCCCCUCUCAGAGCCCAGUAUCAGGCCUUCUGUCUAAACAGAACCGGAACACUAACCGCGCUGAAUGUGACUUCGCGCACAAUCAGGCAGCUCGCGACCCGGUCCGGUCAAACCGUUCGACCGACGGCUCCUCUUGACUGACGCGCUCCACAUGCGAUUCUUCAGACUGUCCUUCAAGUGUUUCGUGGACUGCUUCUGACGUCCCUCUGACGUCCCGCUUCCGUCGCACACUUCAACCGCGCGCUCGUUUGCUAAAUAUCUGAAACCUUGUUUAAAAAAAAAAACCGUCGACGACCUUCCGCUGCUCAGCCGCGCGCCGAGGAGCCGCGCGCCGAGGGACGGUCCGCAGGAGCGGGGGCCAAGAGCCGAGUGCAGAAACCGGGUCGUGGAGGAGCCGAGAGAACCGCGGCUCAGACACCAUGCAGGGCUCCGGAGAGAGAGAGAGCGGCCCCGGGCUGCAGGAGGAGAAGAGGGGGCAUCUCAUCCCUAACGGACACCGCGCCUCCGCGGGGGGGCUGAACGGCAGCCUGCCGCCCGCCGCGGACGACAAGGAGAAGGGGGGCUACCCGCCGGAGCUGGGGGGCUACCCGGAGCUGGGGGGCUACCCGGACUCGGUGGGCUACCCGGACCCGGGGGUUUACCCGCCAGAGCGGGUGGUGCCCGCUUACCAGGAGCGCGAGACGUGGACGCGGCAGAUGGACUUCAUCAUGUCGUGCGUGGGCUUCGCUGUGGGCCUGGGCAACGUGUGGCGCUUCCCGUACCUGUGCUACAAGAACGGCGGAGGGGUGUUCCUGAUACCAUACCUGCUGAUCGCGUUGGUGGGGGGGAUUCCAAUCUUCUUCCUGGAGAUCGCAUUGGGACAGUUCAUGAAGGCAGGCAGCAUCAACGUGUGGAACAUCGCCCCCCUCUUCAAAGGUCUGGGCUAUGCCUCCAUGGUGAUUGUAUUUUUCUGUAACACCUACUACAUCAUGGUGCUGGCCUGGGGCUUCUACUACUUCAUCAAGUCCUUUAACUCUGUCCUGCCCUGGUCCACCUGUGAUAACGAGUGGAACACGCCUAGCUGCAUUGAGUUCUUCCGCCACCCCAACUGUGAGAACGGCAGCCUGGCCAACGCCACCGCCGCCCCCAACCUCACCUGCCUGCAGCUGGCCGGAGGACACUCGCCCAUCGUAGAGUUCUGGGAGAACAAGGUCCUGGGUAUCUCUGAAGGACUAGACCACCCUGGUCGGAUGAACUGGGAGAUGCUCCUGUGUCUGGUGGCCGUCUGGAUCCUCGUCUAUUUCUGUGUCUGGAAGGGAGUCAAGUCUACUGGCAAGAUCGUGUACUUCACCGCCACCUUCCCCUACGUGGUCCUGGUGAUCCUGUUUAUCCGCGGGGUCACGCUCCCCGGAGCGUACGACGGCAUCAUGUACUACAUCAAGCCUGACUGGAGCAAGCUGGGAGAGGCUCAGGUAUGGAUUGAUGCAGGUACUCAGAUAUUCUUCAGCUACGCCAUCGGCCUGGGAGCUCUGACCGCACUGGGCAGCUACAACCGCUUCAACAACGACUGCUACAGAGACGCCUUCAUGCUGGCCCUGAUCAACAGUGGCACCAGCUUCUUCGCCGGUUUUGUGGUUUUCUCCAUCCUCGGCUUCAUGGCCGCGGAGCAGGGGGUCCACAUCUCCCAGGUGGCCGAGUCAGGGCCUGGUCUGGCCUUCAUAGCAUACCCCAAGGCCGUGAGUUUGAUGCCAGUGGCGCCGGUCUGGGCAGCGCUGUUCUUCUUCAUGCUGCUGCUACUGGGACUGGACAGCCAGUUCGUGGGGGUGGAGGGCUUUGUCACCGGGAUGCUGGACUUGUAUCCAGGGCGAUCCUACCAUCGCUAUAAGAGAGAAAUCGCCGUGGCAAUCUGCUGCUUCCUCUGCUUCAUCAUCGACCUUUCAAUGAUAACCCAGGGAGGGAUGUAUGUGUUCCAGUUGUUUGACUACUACUCAGCCAGCGGCAUGACCCUACUGUGGCAGGCCUUCUGGGAGUGUAUCGUAGUGUCCUGGGUGUAUGGGGCGGACCGCUUCAUGGACGACGUGGCUCGUAUGAUUGGCUACCGGCCCUUCCCCUGGAUGAAGUGGUGCUGGAGCUUCAUCACACCCUGCGUAUGCAUGGGUAUCUUCCUGUUCCACCUGAUGAACUACAAGCCCCUGACCUACAACAACGUGUACGUGUACCCCUGGUGGGGCGAGGUGAUCGGCUGGUGUCUGGCCCUCUCCUCCAUGCUCUGCAUCCCUGUCAGCGUGCUCUACAAGCUGUUCAGAGCCAAGGGCUCCUUCAAACAGCGUUGGGCCCACCUGACUACGCCGGUGUGGGGGCCCCACCACAUGGAGUACAUGGCCCCUGACGCCCACAGCCGGGCCCCGGCCCUGCCCCCCUGCAACGCAGACCACAACAAGGUGAUCAUCUUCGAGAGUGUCAUGUAGGCCACGGCCACCACCAACAGCCCCCCGCCGGGCACUCAGCCCCCCCCCCCCACCUUCAACAAAACCCUGAAGAAACAGGGUGGAGGCUCAUGGUGGAGGAGGGACGCGGGGCCCAGGGUGGAGGAGGGACGCUGGGCCCAGGGUGGGGGGGGGGCCGGACGCCAUCUUGGUCUCUUCAGUGUUUUUAAGUCUCCAUGUCUUCCUCGUUACUAUUGGCUGUUUGGGAAUCACAUAGCCAAUGAGGUCCUUUUAGGACAGAGUCAUAGACACGCCCCCCCCACCCUCCCCAAGAGCUCAUCACAAAUACAGUGCCAUGCACAAAAGGUACUGAGGCACUCUAGGACAUCUACCCUACCCAAACUAUAACCCGAUAUUACACCUGGUCUGACCUCUGACCAGAUCCCAAAUUAUGUCUACUACCUCUAACCAUAACAAACCCUAGUCUGACCUCCACCUGACCUCCAACCUGACUCCUAGUGCCCUCUGUAAACCUCUUCCCUCUAAUGACCUCUAACCCUUGACCCGACCUCCAAGGUCAGAGUGCCAUACGGAGUGUUUAAACCCCCUAGGGGCCCGGCUGCCAUUUCAUCAUCAACCUCUGGAGAGAGGGGGAGAGGGGGAAAGAGAGGGGGAGAGGGGGACAGAGAGAGAUGGAGUGUGAGAGAGGGAGAGUGAGAUGGAAGAAAUUACAGUACUAGCCAAUCCAUGCCUUAUGUUGUUGUCUUAACUCUAGCGCCCUGUCAGUCACAUGACCGGUCAGUCACAUGACUAGCCAAACCCUCGGCCCUCUGUCUACGGCCAAAUCAAGCCUCGCUUCCAGGGGGCGUGUCUACAACUCUGUCACCUAGCAACCACUAGAUACCAUCAGUGAUAACCCUGUACGUCAGAUAGAUUAAAUAACAAACAGUAUUUGCACAUUGUUGUAAAAUACUACUGUUGGCACUUUUAAAAAAAAAAAAAAUGUUUGAAAUAACAGCUUCUGUUUUACAUCAGAGAUUAGAUCAGAGAUUUAUUUUGUGAAGGCUUUUAUUUUGCUGAUACAUUAUAUACUGUAUAUUCUGUGUAAUAUAUUUGAUGCAGUAUUUGUGAUAAAGAUGUUUUCAGAUCACGUUGAGCUAACAGCAGGAGUAGGGCUGCUGGCGAUGCGUUUACUUAGCGAUGCGUUUAACCAGCGUUUAGCUAGCGAUCUGUUUAGCUAGCACUAAGCUACCGAUCAGUUUAGCUAAGGUUUCGCUAGCGAUCUGUUUAGCUAGCAAUCUGUUUAGCUAGCUCUUCGCUAGCGAUCCGUUUAGCGACGCUAAACGGUAGCGAAAUCCAAAGCAGCUCAUUUUUAAAUGCACAAAUGCAAAGCUCUAGGCUGCAUCAUGUAAAAUAAAGCUUUUCUAAUUUAAGAUAGCAAUGUAUAGCAGUAUAGUAUAGAAUAUAAUAGUAUAGUUAAGUAUUUUAGUCGGCAGCUAGCCAACAUAGAUGCCAGAAGGCAGCCUCAAUAAUUGAUCCAUUUUAUUAUUGAUUAAUAUUGUUUCUAUCAUGCAAAAAUAGUUUAUCGUUCAUUAACCUAGUUGCACGAUAUCUCCUUCUGACAACCAACAGUUCAGGAGGAUUUAAGAUUAGCUCGAAUCAUACCGCUGACCUGAUCAAGAACAUUGUUUGCAUCUUUGCACUGCCAUGGGUUCCCUGUUAGCAUGUUGCCACUUGUUAGCAUGGCAGCACCUGUUAGCAUGUUAGCCAUGCAGGGAGGGCGAGGAAAGGGAAUAUUUUUGUAUUUUUUUUAGGGUGAUAAAUGAUCAAAGUGCUCAAAGGGAAAGUUUUUACGUUUACAUUGUCAGCGUUUUUAUUUUUCCUAGUAGUUGAUUUCCCCAGCAGCACAACUACCUUCCCCCCCCACCCCAUCACCCCCCAUCCCCUACGGUAUCUGUAGUGAUAACAUCUAGAAGUAACAACACUUACAUGUAGUACUCAAAACAUGUAGUACUUAUUACAUGUAGUAUUGUUGACAUGAACUACUAAUGUAGUAUUCAUAACAUGUAGUACUAAUUACAUGUAGUAUUAAUAACAUCGAGUACUUAAAACAUGUAGUACUAAUUACAUAUAGUACUUAAUAACAUGUAGUACUAAUUACAUGUUGUACCAUUAGAUACAUGUAGUACUACAUUACAUGUACUACAUUACAUGUAGUACUCUUAAUAACAUGUAGUAAGAAUUAUUUAGUACUAAUGUAGUACUAGUUCAAUGUCUGCUCAUCAUUCUUCACACAAUCACAAAGACUUGAAAGGAAGCAGAUCUGUAUAAUAGUGAGGGUUGCCGAAAUGGUCGCUGUGUGAGAUGAACUCAUACCGCAGACCGGAUUGAUAUAGACCUAGUUAGCCUGCAGGUGUACUGCUAACUACCUAGUACUACUUCUUAUGACUACAUGAACUGAUCUGCCAAAACUUGAUAUGUACUAUGAACUGGAAGGGAGUUCUUUACAAAUAAACCAGCAUACUGUAAACGGUACAGUACUGUAAACGUGACUCUACUGUCUGCUGUACACAGGGUACAGUACUGUAAACGUGAUUACUGUACACAGGGUACAGUACUGUAAACGUGACACUCUACUGUAUGCUGUAGACGGGGUACAGAGUAGAUCCACAUGUAGAAUAGAGGUCUGCCAACGGCUUGAAUGUAUUUCAUCACCUUUGUUUUUAGUGGAAAUGGAGGGAAAAUGUGUAAACAAAUGCUGUAAAGUCCUGUUUAUCAGAUCUCUUUAAUGGCUAUGCAACACUAGCGCCUUGUCUGGUUUGGUGAGUGGGCGGGGAAAGAAACGGUUGUCCUUUCCCUGAUUGGUCGCGGACUGGCCUGAUCUACAUCAGAGGAAGACUGAAAUAAAGUGAAAAAUCAAGUAACUUUCGUCUGAAUAGCAGAGUACAACUAUAGAGCCACUUGUACUUCACAAUAAUCAUUUAUAUAUAGUAUAGGUGUAUGUAUAUAUCUAGAUCCUAUAUACUCUAUAGAUGUAUAUUGUAUAAAUUGAUUAUGGUAUAUAGGAUCUAUUUUAUAUUAUACAUAUAUAGGAUUAAUUAUGCCAUAAUAGGUACGAGUAUAAAUAUAUAAAUAAAGCUAACUUGUUAGCAUCAGCUCAUUAAUCUGCACGCUGUACCAAACCAGGCCUCAAGUUGUCUAAACAAACAAAGUUAGCCUUGCACUGUCUCCCUUCCAAACUGUGUUUAUGUGUUUUCCUGACUGCAGAUCAGUUAGCCAAGUUGAUAUUUAACAUCUCACUCCAUGCGAGAAGAUUACUGGCUAGGCUAGGCUAGCAGCAAGCUAAUGGUUGGUUUGAAUGAACCAGUGUUAGCAGGAAGCUAAAGGAAUAACUGGUGGUUUGAUUUAAUUGAUUUAAUGGAGUGUUGGUCCCCCUGUAAUGACGAGAUGUAAUGUCAGGGUUUCAUGCUAGCCAUGCUAGCCCACUGUGAUCCCGGGCCAGUCCACUGACUAAACUACGGCAAUAAAACUCACUUGAUGACUACAUAUGCAUCCGUCUCUCCUUAUCAAACCAUACAUUAAUACUCUCUCCUUAUCAGGCUGUACAUAAUCAAUUAUUUCUCCUUAUCCAGCUGUAGUUUAUAUUCAAGCUUUCUACACGGAGAAGGCAGAUUUACACUAGAGUUUACAUUUACACUAGUUUUAAUCCUGGAAACAAACCAAUUAUCUCACAAAUUAUUCAUGAACAUAAAACAUUUGGUUCAGAGCAAAAAACAACGUAACGAAACAAACAAAAGUAAGGAACUCAUCCCAUAAUGUUUGCAGACCUUUCCUACGACUUCCAAGGCACGCUUCUUUUUUAACCUUUGUCAUUAUUAGUGUUUAUACAAGUUUUUUUAAUAUAUUUUGAGUGUGUGUACAAUGUUUUAUAUACUGUAUCUAGUGUUGACGUCGACAUAGUGCUUCGUUCCUAACUGCUCUCACCACUCGUGCGUCCAACAAUGGCGGUUCAUGGUUCCCGACGGGUGUGGUUGCUACGACAACGAGUGGUGAUACAUUAGGUAAUACGUUACUCGUUUUUAACACAUGAUAAUUCAUUUACGUAUUCAUUCAACAUUAUAUAUUCCUAGGCUUUAUCCUACCCAAAUUAUGGUAUAACACUGCCAUAUAGUAUUUAUUAUUAUUCACUGCAGCAUGAUAACGACAUAACACUACAUAAGUACAACUCAUGUCAGCUACCUUAGUAGCCGGCCUGCAACACUCACCAGAAUCCUGUACGUCUUCUCUUUCAAGCUGACCCUCAAACACUCCAGUAUGAGGACUGACUUGUACUGGUUUUCACCCAUUUGGACACGUCCUCAUCCAAAGGGACGUCAUGUCGGCUCUGCAGUCAAUGAUUAUCGAGUUCAGCGGCAGCAGUAAUCGAGGGCUUGACUUUCGCGCGGGCAGUCAAGCCGGUACCUGACCAUGGUAACAGGGGGCUCAACCAAUCAAAGACGUGACACUUUAGCAUGUUUGGUAGUGUGGUGCUUUUAAAUGCCCAUCCCAUAUACGAUCUUUACACAAUCCCUUGGCUCAUGGUAAGUACACUUUGGAUGGAUACGACAUAAUGGCUCUUAAUCAAAACCUCUAUUCAGAAUAUGAAUGGGAUUUUCCCUUCUGGAACCGCCAUAUGCUUUAUAGGAGGGUCCUUCUGUGUAUCCUGAGGGCUAGUGUUCUAUGGCUGAGCACCAAAUGUGUGGCCACGCCUUCACACCUCCUGCUAGUAUGAAGGAUUUAUUUUUGAAUCUUUACAACCUGGGCUGAACAGUUAAACCUCAGUCGUUUACAUUGAAACCUCAGUAGCCAACAUUUGAACUAAAGUUUACAUUUAAACUACAAUAUUUUUUAAAUGUAACAAAUAUGUUGAACAUGAGAUACAUUCUUAAUCUGGAUUUCAAAUAUGGUGGUACUAUAGUAUUUAAAAUUUGAUUAAAAUAUAAAAUGUGUUUACAAAUAAGUCAGCCCAUGAAAUGUGUUUUGU